GACAGUAUUGUGUGCGUAUGGUGUGUCAGUCCGAGAGCAGAAAAUUCUCAUCAUUUCAUUUCUGUUUCUCAACAAUCCAAAGCUGAGUGAGAGAAAACCUUAUAUUGAAUACGGGGUUAGGGUUUUGGUUUUGUUCGAGAUUUCGGCUGUGAGAGACGAUCUCAUGCUCACACCGCCACCGUAACCGGCGGCGGGGGCUCAGACUUCGAUGUCUCCCGUUGAAUCGUUUGAUCAAGCCGUCCACUCACGUCCGAAGCGUAAGUUGGACGAUUAUGCCCCCAACUUAGACGGUGACGAUGAUGACGCGGAAACAUCUGACCUCGUAUCCGUGAGAAUGCGAAAAGACGAACCUAACGCCUUCCAUCUGUCCUCCGACUUGACUCGCCGAGUCGCGACGGAUGAAGCCGAGACGAGUUCGGCUGAGUCAAGAACAAAAACUCGGCCUGGACUUCAGUUUUUUAUUCGGAUGAUGUCGGAGGGAAAAACUAUAGUUGUUCAAGCUAACUCAAACGACACCGUUAAGUCGAUUCACGAGAGGAUUCAAGUCAUGACGGGAAUCCCGGUCAUUGAGCAACGGUUAAUUUACCGGGGAAAGCAGUUGCAGUGGGAACAGUCGUUAGCAGAGUGUUCGAUACAAAACGAUGCCGGAUUACAGCUGGUGGGGCGUAUGCGAAGUACGGAACACCCGCAAGCUUGGCAAGUUAUUGAUGAUAUGGUGGGUGUAAUUUAUCGGCUCUGUAAAGGUGAAACGAUACAGUCCUCAUUAAAACACAUAAAAUCUCGAAUGAAUGAGUUUUUUGCAAUGACACCACAAAAUAACACUGAAUUAGCAAUUGGUUAUCUUCAAAUUUUUAUGUAUUCAUCGGCUCCAGCUGCCUUGGUAAUGCUUUAUAUGUCACCAAUGAAUGGUAACAAAGAUUGUGCUGAUAGUUCAAUCAGGCAUUUUUUGAAUUCUUGUAGAAAUGCAUUGCCCAAGAAUUUACAUACACAAUGUGCACCCAUAGUUCUAGAGUUUUGUAAAUUGCUUAGGAAGUUUACUCCUGAGGAUACGUUGUAUUUAGCAUGCCGGAGUACGUUGGGGUCAUUGUUGGAGAAUUUUGGUGGAUCGAUGUGGGAGAACACUAGUGUUUUGAGGGCAACAAAGUAUGGAGACGAUGUUAAGGGGCUGGUUGUGAUUCAAGAUAUCUUUCCCUUUGUUAGUGAGUUGGCUAGUAGGUUGUCAAGGGAUUUGACUUCAAGUAUGGAGAUGGUGUUGAGCGUCGGGCCAUCGGUGACUGAUGUUUGUGAUUUUACUGCAUUUUUGGUCCCUUUACGUAAGGCAAUUUUGGGGCAGGUGGGAAUUACAUGUCCUAUUGCAGUGCCAUUGCCAAAAAGGGGAUAUAACCAUCCAUCUUAUGGGGAUGAGAUUAAGUAUCUUCAUGGUAUAUUUGUUGAGCUGCUGAUAAAAAUGGAUAAAUGCCUUGGUAAAAUGGAGGAACGUUUAAAUGUGAGAGGUAGUGGGGAAGGUGAGAUAAACUAUUCAGGAUGGUCACAGUAUCUUACCAUUUUGAAGGAAUUAUUCGCCAUUUCUAAACUUUAUCAGGGCACUGAAGAAGAAUUUUGGAAGGUUUUGAAACGUAGAAAGUCACCUUUGUAUGCUCUCAUUCUUAGAUAUGCAAAGCGGAGUGAUGAUCAUUUGUGGCUUCUUGAGAAUAAGGAUGUGACAAAUUUUGAAUGCAGAAGGCAUCUGGUCAUGAUGAUGUUCCCUGAGGUAAAAGAAGACUAUGAGGAACUGCAUGAGAUGCUUAUUGACAGGUCUCAGUUGUUAGCUGAAUCAUUUGAGUACAUAGCACGUGCAGACCCUGAUGCGCUUCACGGUGGUUUAUUUAUGGAAUUCAAAAAUGAGGAAGCUACUGGUCCUGGUGUGUUGCGAGAAUGGUUUUUCUUGGUAUGCCAAGCCUUAUUUAAUCAACAAAAUGCUCUUUUUGUGGCAUGCCCUAAUGAUCGCAGAAGGUUCUACCCUAAUCCUGCAUCUAAGGUGAACCAUAUGCACCUCGAUUAUUUCAGUUUUUCUGGUCGGAUAAUUGCAUUAGCAUUGAUGCAUAAAGUGCAAGUGGGUUUUGUCUUUGAUCGUGUGUUUUUUCUGCAAUUGGCUGGGAAGCAUAUUUCUUUGGAAGAUAUAAAGGAUGCUGAUCCACGCUUGUAUGAUAGCUGCAAGCAGAUCUUGGAAAUGGAUGCAGAGUUUAUUGAUUCAGAUGAUUUAGGGUUAACAUUUGUUAGAGAAGUGGAGGAGUUAGGAUCCAGGAAAAUAGUGGAGCUUUGCCCCGGUGGGAAAAGUAUGGCUGUAAAUAGCAAAAAUCGGGAGGAAUAUGUUAAUCUUCUUAUUCAGCAUCAAUUUGUCACAUCUAUCUCUGAGCAGGCAACUCAUUUUGCAAAAGGUUUUGCUGACAUUCUCUGUAACCCAAAGCUCCAGAAAUUCUUUUUUCAAAGUUUAGAGCUUGAAGAUCUUGAUUGGAUGCUAUAUGGAAGUGAAAGUGCCAUAUGUGUUGAUGAUUGGAAAGCUCAUACUGAAUACAAUGGCUACAAAGAAACUGAUCCUCAGAUAGUCUGGUUCUGGAAGAUUGUUGGAAGCAUGUCAGCAGACCAAAGAAAGGUUCUACUCUUCUUUUGGACCUCGGUGAAAUAUCUUCCAAUUGAGGGUUUCCGUGGUUUGGCUUCUCGGCUUCAUAUUUACAAGUUAGGAGAGCCUUGUGAUCGCCUUCCAUCAUCUCACACCUGCUUUUACCGGUUGUGUUUCCCACCAUAUCCCUCCAUGGCUAUGAUGCAAGAUCGGCUUCGCAUCAUCACACAAGACCAUGUGGGCUGCAGCUUUGGCACUUGGUGAAGCACUUAACUGGUGUUCAUCUGCAUUGGGUAAAAAGGUUUUUCUGUCACUGCACAUAGCUUUGUAUUGAGGUUGUACAGAGUUAUAGAAUACCGUCAUCUGUUUUAUCAUUAAACCAUGUAAGAAAGUGGUCUAGCUAAAUGGUGUUUCUGUUGUGAAGCAUGCGAUGUCAUUGCUGGUUUUUUGUCGUCAACUGUUCAUAAGUAUAGGUAUAACAUAGUAUGAAUAAAGCAACAGGCAAUGGGUGGAGAAAAUUAAUUUUUCUUCUUCCAUGAACUUUCUUUACCAGUAAUAGCUGUUGGUUUCUCUUGCCAUCACAAUGUAAGUACAUAGUAAGCAAUGACAUCCAAAUUCAUAGCUGUUGUUCUCACUUAUUCUAAUUAUCGGACAAUAUUUGAUUGAAUA